AAAAAAAAAAAAAAAAAAAAAAAUAGAAAAAUAAACAAUGCUAUUUAACUUAUCCUCUGUAGCUUCUUUACCUUAUACAGUUGGUAUUCUAACAGUAAGCGAUACAGCUUCCAAAGACAACUCACUUGAUAAAAGUGGACCUGUCUUAUUCGAGAUCUUGCCUCAAGAAACCUUUGCUGUCAAGCAACAAACCAUUGUACCCGACGAUAUACACGAUAUUCGUAAAACAGUACAACACUGGUCUGACCAACUUGGUCUCCACCUGAUCUUAUUGACAGGCGGCACUGGGUUUGCAGAACGCGAUAGGACACCUGAAGCCAUCAAGCCACUCUUGACAAAGGAAACGCCUGGUGUAACCCAACUUUUGUUAUCCACAUCCUUGACUAUCACUCCUUUUGCUGCUUUGUCUCGACCUAUAACAGGCAUUCGCAACAAGACAUUCAUCAUCACUUUACCCGGUAGUCCUAAAGCAUGUAAAGAAAACAUGGAGGCUGUCUUGAAGAUAUUGCCUCAUGCAUUGGAUUUAUUAUUGGAUCGAACAACAGUGACCCAUAAGUUACACUAUCAGAUGCAGCAUCCAAAAGCCGCUAUUGGAGGACAUACCUGUGUUCAUCGCCAUGAUAGUCAAGGGCAUCCAAGUCAGACAGGCAAAUCAGCUGAUUUGGAGACACCAGUGUCUAGGCGUGCACGUUCUUCCCCCUAUCCUUUGGUUUCUGUUCAAGAUGCACAUCAAAUCAUUACUGAAUAUGCAAAGCCAUUGAAUAUCAUCAGUAUGCCUGUUUCUCAACUUUUGCCCGGCUAUGUCUUGGCUGAGAAAGAAGUCAAGGCAUUAGAACCUGUUCCUGGUUAUCGUGCUUCUGUUGUAGAUGGCUAUGCUGUUUAUGUGGAAGAUGGUCCUGGUGUUUACGAUGUUGAGUCUGUUUCUUUAGCAGCCUCUUCUUCUGGGACCAAGUCCCUAAGCAAGGGCCAAAUUGCUCGAGUCACAACAGGUGGUAUGGUGCCUGAAGGUGCAAAUGCUGUGAUUAUGGUGGAAGAUACCAAGUUGAUAAGUAGUUCUGCUUCAGGCGAUCAAGAACUGACGGUCGAAAUCCUUGUUACGGCUGAACCGGGUGACAAUAUUCGUGACAUUGGCUCUGAUUGUCCAGUGGAUCAAAUCGUAGGUCAUCAAGGUGACCGUGUUGACCAUGGUCAAUUAGGUGUCCUUGCUUCUGUAGGUGUGCGCCAUGUCAAGGUGUAUCGCAAACCACGCAUUGGUGUACUUUCAUCAGGCAAUGAAGUACAAGACCAUAUGCAUACAGAUACUUUAAAACUAGGUCAAAUCCGAGAUACCAAUCGACUAACCUUGAUGGCUGCUGUUCAAUCAGCUGGUUUUGAAGCUGUGGAUUUAGGCAUUGUGGAUGACACGGUGGAAGACAUGGUGGAGCGACUUGAAGAAGCCAUUGCUAAAACAGAUGUCUUGAUCACCACAGGUGGUGUCUCUAUGGGUGAAGCUGAUUUCAUGAAGCCUGUAUUGGAGCAGAAAUUGGAAGCCAAAGUUCAUUUUGGUCGUGUGUUGAUGAAACCCGGUAAACCCACUACGUUUGCUACCGUGCCCCAAGGUCCUAAACGCCCACCCAAGCUUGUGUUUGCUUUGCCUGGCAAUCCAGUCUCGGCUACUGUAGGGUUCCAUCUGUUUGUCGUGCCUGCUCUUCGUCGUAUGGCCGGCUGGACUCAACCUGAUUCCACACAGCUCUUGGUUCAAAUACAACAUGAUGUUCAAUUAGACAGUCGGCCUGAAUAUCAUCGUGUGUAUGUCUCAGCCGACCAUCAUGGUAUGUUAGUAGCUACCUCUACAGGAAAGCAACAAAGUAGCCGUAUGCUUAGCAUGAAAAAUGCCAAUGGCUUACUACAGUUACCUAUGGCUACUCCUGACGCACAGCAUAUUGUCAAAGGAACACUUGUCCCUUGCAUCCUCAUCGGUGCACUUGGUUUAUAAAGACAGAAAAAGUUGAUUGUAAGGAGUGAUAGAAUAAAGAAUGAAUGUAUGCAUUGCUAUUCAAAGAACAAGA